GAGCGGUUUCCCACCGUAGCACGAGCUGCAUCAACUGUCUGUCCGCGGGAGUUGUGGACCGAGUCAGUCAACGAAAACUUUAGAAGGACGCGUGUCUAAUAUGUGUCACUAUGUGGAGUUUUGAUGGACGCUAACUGGACUUUACAACACUGGUCGGGCCUGCAUGGGGAUGAUGUCACAGAUACAUGUCAGGACCAAUCACAGCUAGGGCACGCAUGGCUGUGUAAGCUGUGACUGUGACCGUACUAUCAAGGAAAUUCCUCAGUCCUCAAGGGGCACCACCGUGGGUUGUCUAUCUGUUGGUUUGUACAGCUGCACAAGCUUCUGUUUCCACAACACAUGCACAUACACACAUACACAAACAGGACACACUCUAUGGACGGGCUGUUGUAGGUGCUCAAGAGGUCACUGGAAGUUGAACUUAUUAUUUGCUGCAGCCCAGACCUUUGGCCCUGAUGUCACCUUGAAACUGAAAAAAGAAGCUUGGGACUGUUGUGUGGCAUGACCUGAUGUGGAUUUUUCUGAUCAUCUAACUGCAGCAAAAUAAGGGACUAAACAGGACGCUCCAGGGAGGCACGAUGGCAACUGAAGAAAAUCAAAUACAGGUCAGAUCUGUGGUGCUGGCUCAGCGUUCUUCUCCUCAAUCCACUGGGAAGAGACCCAACAGAGACGUUAGACACAAAAAUGACAGCCAGGAAGUACGGCGAUACUCUGACCAGUUGUUGCAGUCAAAACAGCGAAGCAGCGCUUCCCUCCUCCUCUAUAGAAAGCUGUCGUGUGACAGUGGGAAAGGGACGAUUUUGGACGAGGAAUACAUGUGUUUGGAUUACAGCUCAGAACUCUUGAGUAACGAAGAGAAACUUAAUCCAGAACUGUCUUCUGGCAAGAGAACUGACGGAAUAACUAACACGGUUACUCCGAUACCUGGGAAAUGUUCAGAGGGAUCGCCGUGCCAGCUGGACACUCCAGGGGAGGGUGUAGAUGAAGGCAGAAACAGAACUGGCAGCACCCGCUGCUCCUGCACCCUGUCUAGUCUUCACAUGAGUCCAAACACCUACUCUUGCCAUGUCCCCAGGUCCAGUCCAAGCCCCAGCUCCAGCCCUGUUCACAACCCCUGUCACAGCUCCAGCCCCUCUCGGCCCAAGCAGCGACACAUCCGCCGUGGCAGCCUGCCUGUGUCUAUGCUGGCCUUCCACAAGACAUCGCCCUGUCUCUCAUCGCGGUGCAGCCCAUCCAGUGAACCGAGCUCUCUGGCAUCGAUCUCCCGGUGGUUCCCCCCUUCCUAGCCACCACCAGCAUCUCCAGCAGAACGGACACAUCCACCGUCACCAUCUCAAAAACGGCUACUCGAGUUUGGAGAGGCUCAAUAGACGACCCAGGGUCGAAAAAUGCUCCCUGGAGAAACUGUUCCUACGACGGGCAUCUCUCGAAACCAUGACGACAACUGCCGUACACAGGCGAGAGGUUGCCCACAGGAGCGAGUAGGAACUGUAGCGCGAGCAGCAGCAGCAGCGACGAGGUGGAUGAGGAGGGUCCCUUGGAUAACACAGAGUUUGUUAGGAACCGUAAAGAGCGUUCCACCGUCCUGGUGAGGCGCUUCUUCAAGAAUAAUCAAAAGGUGACCAAGUCAGUGUGUACUGGAACCAGAGCAAUUGUCAGGACACUGCCAUCAGGACGCAUCUCAGAGGAGGUGUGGGAGGUGGUUGUGCGCCACAGGAUAUGGCAACCCAGCAAGGUGGAUAUAGGACCGAUCUUAAUGCGUGGCAUUGGAGAAGACCUCAGAGCCUGUGGGGGGAUGCUACGCUUUGUUGGGGUUAAGCUGCAGCAGGUUGCCAACUGUGUGCAAGACAGAGAGGAACUCAACCUGAUCCAUCCUGCCAAAAAGCUCCUGCUGUCUUACCCUGGAUGUGUGUGUCUCAGGGAAUCUCACUGGCCAUUGCACCCUGUAGGUGCCAGCCCAGUGAGGCCUGAUCUUAACUCCUGCAUUGGACCCUGGUGUUGUCAUCCUUGUCAGCCUCCGAGGUUUUAUCGUUCUUGUGGCCAGAGGACAUCAGUGUGUUCUCUGCUGACCGGAGCCCUGCUAGAAGCCACAGUUGCUCUCGGUGCCCGCUCUUCCCUGCCCUAUUUUUUGCCCCAGAGUCCCAACAGCCACGCUGUGCUGAAAGAACGUCAGCUGGCCAACAGUAUGACCAGCAGCAGCUCUCUUCCUCCCAGCAUCAGUGGGAUCAGUAAGGAGCUGGCAGAGCUGCGGCACCUCGUGCAGUUCCCUGAGGAGAUUGCUUGUAUUCUCACUGAGCAAGAACAGCAGCUCUACCAACGGGUCUUUCCCUUGGACUACCUCUGUUUCCUCACCCGAGACCUGGGCAGCCCCGAGUGUCAAGCCAAACGCCACCCAAACCUCAAAGCCUCACUGUCCGCGCCCACCAUGCCUACUCAGAGUGCUCAGCAAAGUAAUGCUGUGGAGGACCUGGUGACGCGGUUCAACGAGGUGAGUUCGUGGGUGACGUGGCUGGUCCUGACCGCAGGGUCCAUGGAGGAGAAGAGGGAGGUUUUCUCCUACCUGGUCCACGUUGCUAAAUGCUGCUGGAACAUGGGAAACUACAACGGAGUCAUGGAGUUCCUGGCAGGACUCAGGUCUCGCAAAGUGCUGAAGAUGUGGCAGUUUAUGGACCAGUCAGAUAUCGACACCAUGAGAAGCUUAAAGGACGCCAUGGCCCAGCAUGAGUCGUCUUCUGAGUACAAGAAGGUUGUGACCAGAGCUCUCAAUAUCCCAGGAUGCAAGGUUGUGCCGUUCUGUGGAGUUUUUCUGAAGGAGCUGAGUGAUGCAUUAGAUGGGACAGCAAGCAUUAUUAGCCUUAAACCGGCUCCAGACAACACAGAGGACUCUAUAGAGUUUGUGUCUGACUACAGCGGCCAGCACAACUUCAUGUCUCGGUCCGGUCCAAACGGCCUACACGUCCCAGAAAAAGAAGCCACUGUCAGCAACAUCCUCCAGAUUAUCAGAUCAUGUAAUCGUAGUUUGGAGGCAGAGGAUCCCGACGAGGCGUCCACCAGCCCCUCUUCUACUGGCCCAUCCCCUGCAUCAAGAAACAACUCUUUCAGGGACCGCUGCCGCAAUCAAUUUAUGGUUGGGGACUUGUCGGAUUCAGAUGGUGACUUGUCGUCUGAGCCCGUGGUGAAGGAGGUGGAGUUUCAGGGGACCGAGGAGACACACAGAGCUUUCAGCCAUGGCACCGAGCUUAUUCCCUGGUACGUCUUGUCGCUGCAGCCAGACGUUCACCAGUUUCUGCUGCAGGGGGCUACAGUCAUCCACUACGACCAGGACAGCCACCUCACCGCUCGCUGCCUGCUGCGACUGCAGCCUGACAACACAACACUUACUUGGGGUAAGCCUCAGAGCGGAGGAGCUUCCCCUCCAGAACAACCACUGGGAUUAGGACAGACUGUAGUGGCAGGACUGGCAGAGGGCCUGUUGGACCUAGGAGUGGUGAAGGCAGUGUUUCUGGGUCACCAAGGAGUGGAUGUCCAUGCGGUGUGUUUACAAAACAAGCUGAGCCAGAUGACAGUGGAGGAGAACGGUCUCAGCCUCCUCUAUGGUCUCAGCACCACUGACAACAGGCUUUUGCACUUUGUGGCCCCAAAUCACACGGCACAAAUGCUUCAGAAGGGCCUGUCGGAGUUGGUGAAUGCAACCAGAAAAUUAAAGAAGUUUCCUGACCAAAGGUUGCAGUGGCUGAGGAGGCAGUAUGUCAGUCUGUAUCAGGAGGAUGGCAGGUACGAAGGCCCCACACUAGCCCAGGCCAUUGAGCUGUUCGGCGGGCGCAGGUGGAGCAUGAGCACAGGUGGAGCGGAGAAAGCUGGUGCCCAGAAAAACAGUCCACUGAGCAUGAAUGAUAAGGCCAAGAAGAAGAAGAAGGUCCUUGUCAGGGGUGACAGUGGGGAUGCCACAGAUGACGAGAUGGUGUCCAGGAAAACGCGGAGCUGUAAGGAGGGACUGUAUCGGAACGGACCGGAGUCUGACAGCAUCGACCAAGAAGAUCCAGAGGACAGCUUCCCUGGACCAUUCUCUCUCUCAUCCAAUAAGAGCCCUGGAUUGCUAGCCUCCUCUUCCUCCUCCUCUUCUUCCUCCAGCAUGGCCGGGUCCAACCAGUCCCGUCCACAAUCCUCUCCAAUCCUUUCAGGAACUGCCAAGUCACAACCAGGGGCAUGGAGCAGCAGGUCGUGGCACGGUCGAGGUAAAGGCUGUUUCAAAGGCUUCCAGAACCUCAUGAUUUCUGACAGCACAAUGAGCUUCAUUGAAUUUGUUGAGCUCUUCAAGUCAUUCAGUAUCCGAAGCAGGAAGGAUCUGAAGGAGCUGUUUGACACCUUCGCUGUCCCCUGCAGUCGAUCAAGUCCAGAGUCGGCUCCUCUCUACACCAACCUCAGAAUAGAUGACAAGGACACGGGGCUACAACCAGACCUUGACUUACUAACCCGCAACGGCUCUGAUCUGGGCCUGUUUAUUCGGACGAGGCAGCAGAUGUCGGACAACCAGAAGCAGAUCUCGGACGCUAUUGCAGCAGCCAGCAUUGUGACCAACGGGACUGGAGUGGAGAACGCAUCGCUGGGCGUCUUGGGGUUGGCUAUCCCUCAGCUCAAUGACUUUUUAGUUAACUGUCAGAGGGAGCACCUGAGCUAUGAUGAGAUUCUCAGCAUCAUACAGAAAUUUGAACCUUCAUCAAGCAUGAGACAAAUGGGCUGGAUGUCAUUUGAAGGUUUUGCAAGAUACUUGAUGGACAAGGAGAACUUUGCUUCUCGUAACGAAGAAUCUGAAAUCAACCCGGAGGAGCUGCACUACCCUCUGUCUUACUACUACAUUGAAUCUUCUCAUAACACAUAUUUGACCGGACACCAGCUCAAAGGAGAGUCCUCUGUUGAGCUUUACAGUCAGGUGCUGCUGCAAGGCUGUAGGAGCGUCGAGUUGGACUGUUGGGAUGGAGAUGAUGGCAUGCCAGUUAUUUACCACGGACACACACUCACCACUAAGAUACCCUUCAAGGAUGUGGUGGAAGCAAUUAACCGGGCUGCGUUUGUCAAUUCCGACAUGCCCGUCAUCCUGUCCAUAGAGAACCACUGCUCCCUCCCGCAGCAACGCAAGAUGGCUGAGAUCUUCAAGACGGUGUUUGGGGAACGUCUUGUGACCCGCUUCCUCUUUGAAAGUGACUUCAGCGAUGACCCUCACCUGCCGUCGCCGCUGCAGCUGCAGGGGAGGAUCCUCCUCAAGAACAAGAAGCUGAAAGCCCAUCAGGCACCAGUGGACAUACUCAAACAAAAGGCUCACCAGCUGGCCCACAUGCAGGCCCAGGCUAGCAACGGGUCGCCAGGGGUUACUUCGCCUGGCAACCACGCCAAUGAGGAGGAGGAAGAGGAAGAAGACGAGUACGACUACGACUAUGAGUCUCUAUCAGAUGAUAACAUCCUGGAUGACAAGCCAGAGGGGAAGAGCUCAGCAGACAAGGAAGAGCAACCUGUUGACGAAAUACCAAAGAGGAUGAAGAAGACCGACAGUGCCACGCAGAGCAAAGGAAAGGUGUUCGACAUGGAGUUGGGCGAGGAGUUCUACCUUCCUCAGAACAAGAAGGAGAGUCGACAGAUUGCUCAGGAGCUGUCUGACCUCAUCAUCUACUGCCAGGCUGUGAAAUUCCCCGGCUUGUCCACACUGUCUCCGGCCGGCUCUGGCAGAGGGAAGGACCGGGGAAAGAGCAGGAAGUCCAUAUUUGGCACAGCUCCUGCUCGCAGCAGUGCAGCAGGGGAGGUCAUGAUCCAGAGCCGCACCCCUGGGAAAGGUGGCACUGAGCGGCUGAGCUGGGAGGAACAGCAGACGUCUCCCGUCCUCAACCCGCCCACCUCUCUCAGCGCCAUCAUCCGCACGCCCAAGUGCUACCACAUCUCCUCCGUCAACGAGAAUGCCGCCAAGCGCCUAUGCCGGCGCUACUCUCAGAAGCUGAUCCAGCACACGGCGUGCCAGCUGCUCAGGACGUACCCGGCUGCCACCAGGAUCGACUCAACCAACCCAAACCCUCUGCUCUUCUGGUUGCAUGGCAUCCAGCUGGUGGCGCUCAACUAUCAGACUGAUGACCUGCCCAUGCAGUUGAACACAGCUUUGUUUGAGGCCAACGGGGGCUGCGGCUACGUACUGAAGCCGGCGGUGCUGUGGGACCGGAGCUGCUCACUUUAUCAGCAGUUCUGCCCGAUGGAGAGAGACGUGGAGAAAAUGAGCCCUGCUGUCUAUUCCCUCACUAUCGUCUCCGGCCAGAACGUUUGUCCCAGCAACAGCGCCGGCAGCCCCUGCAUCGAGGUGGACGUUCUGGGCAUGCCCGUCGACAGCUGCCACUUCCGCACCAAACCCAUCCACCGCAACACCCUCAACCCCAUGUGGAACGAGCACUUUCAGUUCACCGUGCACUUUGAGGAGUUGUGCUUCCUGCGUGUCGCCGUGGUGGAGAACAACAGCUCCCAGACUACUGCUCAGAGGACUCUGCCUCUGAAAGCCCUCAAACCAGGUUACAGACACGUCCAGUUGAGGACACAGCAUAAUGAGCCACUUGAAGUGUCCAGUUUAUUUAUCUACAGCCGCAGAACAGAGGAAGGUCCCACAGGAGGCGCCACUCCCUCAUCCUUGCUGUUCAGUUCAGAGGAGAAAUGUGCGUCCCAGCAGCACCAGGUGACGGUGCAUGGAGCUCCUGGUCCUGAGCCCUUCACUGUGUUCUGUGUUACUGAGCAGACGACUGCCAAACAGCUGCUGGACACGGUCGUAGCAUCUGCAGGGAACCCGCCCGAUUACUUCCUUUGCGAGGAGAGGGUUCCUCUGUUGAAGGAGCGCAGUGAGGUGAAGCGUUGUGCUCAGUAUCGACCUCUGGCACCUGAAGAGGAGGUGGUCAGACUGGUCUACAGCUGGAGCACUGAGGAGGGAUAUGUGGGGAGGAUUUGCCUCAAAACAAGAGAGGAGAACUUAAAUGAGAAGAACACAGUGCUGGAAGGAGAGGAGGAGGUGAUUGUAGGGAGUAGAGAAGGAGCAGGAGGAGGGGGAGGGGGAGGAGGAGGAGGAGGAGCAGGAGCAGGAGGAGGAGGAGGAGGAGGAGGAGGAGGAGGAGCAGCAGCAGGAGAGGAUGAUAUGUUCUUUGUCCAAGUCCAUGAAGUUUCACCAGAGCAACCACACACCGUGAUCAAGGCUCCACGCUACAGCACAGCACAGGACAUCAUACAGCAGACUCUGUUGAAGGCCAAGUAUUCCAAUAGUAUCCUAUCAAACCCCAAUCCAUGCGACUACGUCCUGAUGGAGGAAGUUACCAGGGACGUGGGCUCUAAGAAGUCCUCCGCUGCCAAGCCUUUGCAGCGGAUGCUUCUGGAUCACGAGUGUGUCUACCAAGCACAGAGUCGCUGGCGAGGAGCGGGAAAGUUCAUUCUUAAACUGAAAGAGCAGGUGGUGCGAGAGGACAAAAAGAAAGUAAUUUCCUUCGCCAGCGAGCUCAAGAAGUUGACCAGUCGGAGCCGCAGCAUGACGACUGGCAACGGUGUGGACUGUCCUGCCCAGAGGUAUCUGUCUGCAGCUGCAGGUCUGAGGGCGUGGCUGGCAGAGGGCAGGGUGGGGGCAGGACGGUUCCUACGGGCCUCCUCCUCCUCCUCCUCCUCCUCUUCCUCUUCUUCCUCCUUCAAUGGGCCACUCCAACCUGUCCAUCUGCCCACCUCCUCUCUGACCCCCCUCGCCUGGAAGCUUCACCUCCUCAGGAACUGGAAGAUCCACAAAUGAAAUCCAGAGAGGGAGACAUGGCGCUGACUACUUCAGAGGAUCCCCCCGCCUCCCCACCCCUUUGCAAGAGAGGCAAGGUGUUUCAGUGAGGGUCUGGCACAUUGCGGAAUUGUGGGAAACGCUCCUCUCUAAGUCCCAAAGGAGUCCUUCCUGAUCCUUCCUUGAUAGUUGAGCAAGUGGAGGACAGGAUUAAGUCCAAGCCCCUGUUAACGGGUUAGGUGACAGGUGUUCAGCUCCUGUGCUUGGCUGAAUGACAGACAGGAGUUUCUGAUUGGAAAUCCCUCCUAGAGUCACUUGGGAGCAGUGAUGGUCUUGUAGGGAGCCACAGCUCGUCCUGGUUUAUUGUUUGUAGUGAGGCUCCAUAGAGAGUCCACAGUACCAAGGGGCAGCUGCUGUUAUUGAAGUCAUCAGGUACGUGAUCAGGGAUGUAAAAAAAGCAGUAAAGUAUUCCCUCUUUUGCCAAUGAAUGAGAGGAAUUUGUCACAAAAAAAGAGUACUUCCCCGAGUCAUAUUAACAGGUUAAAGAAGUCUGGGUUUGCUUUCAGAUGUGCCAGUAGUUUAUCUCCAAAAAAUCAGGUCUAGAAAAUGGCUUCUAGAUUGAAUGAGAAGUCCUCAAAAAGCUGAUUCAAGGAAAGUCCAAAUAUGGCUCCACAGGAGAUUAAAUGGCCUGUGUACCUGCACAGGCAAUUGGAUGAAUAUAACCUGUAUUUGGUUUAAAGGUUUUAUUUUCAUAGCAACAGAGAGCACAGAUGGAGGGAGAUCUGCUGAGAAAAAAUGGAAGGAAAGAUGUAGGGGAGUGUGAGGGCCAAAGGGGUGGAACAGUAUUCUUCUCUCCUUUUCAGGUAUGGACUCUUUUGGCUGAGGGCAUUGUGAAGGAGGCUGACAAGCUGGCUUGUAUGAUUCUUUUCUUACUGUUCCACUUUCACAGUACUGUAAAGGCUCAUUUUUGGGGCAGUGCAGAUUUACAUAGCUAGCAGGAAGAGGCAACACAGUGAGACAACGUAUUUAGAUGUUUCCAACCCAAUCAGAUAUUUCUGUAAUAGAAGCAGCAAUGCUUCAGACAAUUUCCUUCAAAGUGACAAUAAUUAGCAACAUUUUAAAGCCGUAUAAAUUGGAACAACCUCUUAUCACUGUUGUCCUUUUAUGUUGCCUUAAAAUGUUGCAACACUGCCUUUAACUUUUGGUAACUUUGUAGCUGUAUCUCUGACAGUGAUCUUCAGUGGGUUCCUCAAGGGAUUUUAGUGCCAUCAUCAUUAUCCACAAAUCAUUCUUUCAACAGGCAUCUUAUCUUGCCACCCACGCAAUUAAAUAAAUAAAUGGAUUGAUCUAUACAUUCAAAAAUAUCAAAAUUAUUUAUUUAAAAUGUAUGAAUUAAAUUUAUUUAAUUAUUUCAUAUUCUUGUUGAUUCUUCUUGUUGCUGCCUGUAACUAGGGCUGUGAAGCAUUUUGAAAGUAGUAUUGGCACCAUUUCCAUAAUUAAAAAACUGAUUUAACACUAGCGGCCAUACAAGAGCUCUACCUACAUACAAUACAGUCUAAAAUGGAUUUAAAUCCAAAAUUAUGUAAUUAAAAUUACAAAUCUUCUCUCAUAUUCUACUCCAUGUAGAGGUUCAAUACUUAAGUAUUUCCAUCAGUUUAAUCCCUCAUUUGAAUGGAACAAUGAUGAUUCAAGGCUCAUUUCCCUUUGAGAAACACAGCUUCAUCUUCUGCAAACAGCAUUUUGCACAUUUUAUUUUCCUUUCGCUGUUAUCUUCAGAGUUUUUGUUUUACUAAUUAGUGAUAAAAACAUGAUUGUUGUCACGAGACGGUCAAAUGAUUUUUGUUUUUAUUCUGAUCACAGUAUUUAUUACUAUUAAUUUUGGGCCAGUUGUGAAUUUAUGUCUGAGGAAAGAAAUAUUCAGACUGUUUUUUGUAUGUAUGUAAGUAGUCUGAGCGCAAACUUGAAAUUCCUCACACAAAAUUAUUAAUUAAUUAUUAAUCAGAAUGAUUUCCAUUUAAUUUUACUCUGUUGGCCUCAAUUUACUGUCCUUGAUUUUGAUUGCAUUAUCUUCAUAGAUUAUUAGUAUUGAUUGGCUGUCAGUGACAAUGAUUGUAGAGUUUAUUUCUAUUUACAGCUCAUUUCAAUUUUCUUUCAGAAUCUUGUAAAACUUGAUUCAUUUGGGGCCACUUUUCCCCUUCUUCUGUUUUUAUAUGUAACAUUUCCAGAUAAUAAAAAUUUUGAUUUUUUUUUUUUUUUUUUUUUUGUUUUUGUUUUUUUUUUUUUGUUUUUAGAGUUUUUAGAGACUUCUUCCCUAAUUAUUUUUCUGGCAUUUUAGUUCAGUUCCCCCUUGUGUAGUUAUGCUGAUAACACAUGUAAAAUAUACAUUAAAUUGUUCUAAGUCAACUUUUCACAUUUACAGAGCACACCGCUGCUUUUACUUAGCAUGAUAAAGACAUUUUUCUUUAACAUUAACCCUGAGAAAAAACUGUUUUGUGAGUUGUUUAACUGAAGUAGUUCUGAACCCAUCCAGUGCUGGGUUAAGAAUAUAUUAUGCUGUUACUGUUAAGUCAGUUUGCCUUUUUUUAACCCACAUUCCAACAAUAUUUGACAGAAAUUAUGCAUUCAUAGCAGCUUUUUAAACCCCAAAAACAUUAAACAGUUUCUGUAAAAAAAAUAAGGAAAGUACUAUUUUAUUCAAAAUGUUGGCCUUUUAUUUUAUAGACAGUUUUCGCAAAUUUGGCCUCACCCCACGAAAAGAAUCUGACUUUCUGUCCUUUUGCUUUCAUUUCUCGUUAAGUAAAACUUUGCUCAGUGGCAAGUAAUGUUUGAAUUUUAGUGCAAUAGUGAAGUUCUGUCACUUCAAACUCUAGGUUUUAUUGUCUAGAAAUUACUGACAUUUUAACUCUAAUUCCUUAUUCCUGACCUUAACUCGUUCUUUAAAUGAGUCAAAAUUGACAUAAUUCACGCACAAAGAUGAUCUUUUGUUAGUCGUAAGGCAACAGGACGAUCCCUAAACCAAACUGUAAUUAAGGUAGAUUAGAUUGUGAUCCCAGAAACCACAGCUCUGUUAAUGUUAAUUAAGGCUGAUAGGCAUAUAGUUAGUUAUCCUCUCAGAUUUUUGGUAUUACAGAUGAAAUGUGCAGAAAUGUCAUUAUGCACAGCAAGAACAUCACAUUUUAGAAACUGGUGAUUACUUACAACUACCGUGCUGGAUAACCAUGAUAUUAACUGAAGUCCAUACAGACUUUUAACAGGAAGGGACAGUAUCUGUUGAAUUGUACAUUUAUGAUCCCUCUGCUUCAUCACAUCAUCACAUUUUGUUUUCCUUCUUUCUAACCUGUAGACCUCAUUUCUGAAUGUAACAUUUCUUAAUGUGUUGAACCUGAGACAAAUGUGUGUUUGGAUGUUAUUUAUUUUAAUGUGAAGCCCUGGUUGGCAUGUAUCUGUUGUUGUUGUUUAUGUAUAAUUUCCUGUAAGUAGUUUUAAGUGUUUUUUAAUUUAUUUCAAUAGGAGAGGAUAAACUCUCUACUGCCCUAACUUUACUCAAUCGUAUUUAGAUUUGUAAAGAAAUAUUUUACUUUAUGUGUAAAAUAUUCAGUAUAGUAUUCAUAUUUCUGGCAUGUUAUUCUGCAGUACACAGCAGCAUCUUUUAAUGCCUUUUAUUUUGUGGACUAUGUGAACAAAAGCUGGCAUUUUUUUUUCUUUUUUUUUUUUGAUGAUUUUGGUGUAUUUGUUAUAUCCACUGAAUAUGACGUAUGUGUUUGCUGACUGUGGGCUAUGUUUCAUCUUUAGCACUCUGUUGUUUCCAUAAGAUGUGCAGUAUACCCUUUAACAUCCACUAUCCCUGUUAUGAUGUGGCUGUCAAGUGAACAUUUGUCUAUUUACUUGAAUUUUUAAAUGGAUGAUAAAUUGGUGGAUUUGUUAUAUACCAGGAUCACAAUAAAACUACAAAUACUUAA